AUGGCAAAGUGUGGAGCAUGCGGCCGCUACCUUUCGGUGACAGAUGGCGUUACCUGUGACAAAUGUGAUGCCACAUAUCAUCGAGGCUGCCUUAACUUAUCUGAAAAGGUAAAGAUAUCAACUUCCUGGAUGUGCCCAACUUGUAAGAGUAAAGUUCCUCGUGCUGGGGACAAUUCUAAUACACCGGUAAAGUGUCAGGAUGUUGGAAAUAAUAGUCCCGUCUACAAAGACAUUGACAUAGGCCUAGAAAUACGCCUGUUUCCUAAUGAGCUCAGUGAAAUGCGCAAUGAGCUGAAGGAGAUCAGAGACAAUUUCGCCAUGUUAAGGGAUACAAUGCUCGUGUGUAAUAAAAAUUUGGAAGAAAUUGACACUAGGGUCACCAAGUUGCAGAACCGAAUGGAAGAACGUGAGCACAAAUGUAAGUCCAUGGAGCUUGAGAACACAAUAGCAGAAUUAAGGAUCCAACUAAGCGAGAGGGAUCAGGAUCUGUUAGCCAAUAACUUGGAAACCUCAGGUCUACCGGAACAAAAGGGGGAACUAGCCAUUAACACUGUGAUACUAUGUGCUAGAAAGUUAGGCCUUGAUAUUGACCACCGUGAAAUUAUCCAUGCCGAGCGUGUCGGAAUAUUACGCAAAUCUAUUGACGACAUUAAUAGCUCUCAAGAAGAAGUUCGUUUGGGACCACGUAGAAUUAUGGUGCGAAUGAGUCGGCGAGCGCUGCGAGAUGAAUUUCUACGUUCCGCGCGUGUUCGGCGGACAGUAACCACUGAGUCACUGGGGUUACCCGGUGAGCCGCGUCGGUUUUACGUGAAUGAGUGGUUAACACCUUUGAAUAGGAAGUUGUUUGGUUUGGAGAAUUAUAUAAAUCAGACCGUGUCAGUUAUCACGUCUGACGGGCGUAAUUUUAUUGGCACACUAAAAGGGUUUGAUCAAACGAUUAAUAUUAUAUUGGAUGAAUCCCAUGAAAGAGUGUUUUCUUCAUCGACUGGUGUAGCACAAGUAGUUCUUGGUCUUCACAUAAUCCGAGGCGAUAAUGUGGCAAUCGUCGGGCAAAUCGACGAAUCUAUAGAUAGCAGGCUGGACCUUGGUAAUAUUAAGGCAGAACCUCUAGGAGCUAUUGUACACUAA